AUGCUCGACUAUCUCGGAUGCCGGCGUGACACCAGGAUCGAUUUCGCUACAGCUGCUCGGUCAACUUCUUUGCCAGCUAGUCUGAAGCAGGUGCAACUGGAUUUCAUUAACGAUAUUGAUGCAUCAUUACAAGAGCAGAACAAGCAGUUGCCCAAUCUGGUAGGAUCAAUGGCCUCUGAUCCCUUCAGCUCGAGUCUACGCCUGCUCUCCUACUCCCUGAGUAGAAUGGAUCUGCAUGUUGUCGCUGACAAGAGUCUGUUCUGGCCCAGUGGAGAUGAUUUCCCUCCCUCUUGGCCAAACCUAGAGUUCUUGACGGUGCUGUUUCACAUCUGCUCGCCAUCAGGAGAGUGGUACUUUCAAGGUCCAGAGGACGAGGACGAUGACGAUGACGAUGACGAUGUAAGCGACCAGAUUGCUGAAGACGACCCGUACCCGCCUUUCGAAGAUGACAUCGAAGAAAAGGAAGAAUGGUGCUACCGAGACGGGGUCGACACACCAGAACCCGAAGACACAUUUCGGGUAGUACCAAGGGAGGAACAGCUGGUCCCAUUUCUGGAGGCAUUUGCGCAGGCCGCAGCUAGCAUGCCACGACUUCUUGAAGCAUGGCUCUGGGCUCCUAUGCGUUUCCACCCGAGCGACUGGGAAGAAUACGAUGGGGAUACUAUGGAUCAAUAUAGUGAGAACAUUUGCGGUUGGGGUCUGAAGUACGAUGCCCCAGGUGCUGAUGUCCCAGGUGCUUGUAGCACCGAAGGCAUGACUUUGACAACGGCACGUCGGAUCAAGUGGAGAGUUGGAUCGUGGAGGCCAGAUGCCAAUCUGCAUCAAUCCUUCCGAAGUAUUGGGGAGAAUUAUUACGGACCCCACCUGGAAGAGACAUGGCAUGAUACCGGGCAAGCGGUGACACUUCCAAGAAGAGACUGGUUCGAAUACGGUGAGUGCAUAUUAUUGUGA